AUGGUCUUCUCAGAUUCAAAUCCUGAAAAAGUCAUAUCUCCACUUCUGACUGGUGCCAAAGAAAAUGCACAAGCAAUGGAAAGGCACCGGGCUAUAAAACACCCGGAUGUGAGAAGGACGAGAGCCCCGCCCAUGUGGUCUCCCUGGAUGGCGGUCAUGGAGGCUUCGGCUAAAAAGGAACAACUACGGUCAUUUUCGUCAGACAGCUCCUCGUCGGUGGGUCAAUAUGAACGCUCUGACUGUGAUUUCCGUGGCGGCCUCGUGGCUAGCGUAGCGCCUCCUUGCUUGCGUACAACGGCGUAUAUGGAGCCAUCACGGCCUUCUUGGCGCUAUCCUUAUGUAGGAUAUUCUGUUAAGACCGUCGCUUGCGUCACAUACAACGUCGCUGCCGCUCCUCUUGCUUACAACGUAGCUCCCUUCGCACCUGUAGCACCUAUCCAGUCUCAGUACCACGCUCAGGAUGAGAUCGGUCAGUACUCCUUCGGUUACGCCGGCGGUCCUUCUUCACGCGCUGAGUCUCGCGACGCCUUCGGUGUUGUCCGUGGUUCAUACAACUACGUGGACUCUGAGGGAAAGGUUCAGACUCAGCACUACGUCGCCGACGCCCUUGGAUUCCGUGUGUCCCGCACCAACCUGCCAGUGGCUCCCGACGCUCCUGUAGCUGCUCCUCUGGCCGCCCUUCCCGGUCCCCUUCCCGAACCCGUCCAGGACACCCCAGAGGUAGCCGCCGCUAAGGCCGCCCACCAACAGGCAUAUGACGAAGCCGCAGCCGCUGCCGCUGCCGCCCCAGACACCCGCAAGAAGCGCUCCGUGCUUGCGGCUCCCGGUCUUGGCGUCUACUCUCCUCUUCGUUUCUCCUACGGAUUCUCCGCUCCCCUCCACUACGCCCACCCAACAGCCUAUGCUUCUCCUCUUCACUAUACUGCCGCCCAUCCCGCCCUCACUACCUACAACGCCGCCCACGUCCCCACCACCUACGCCGCCGCCGCGCCCCCUCCGAUGUAUCAGGAGGAGGGAUCAGGAUGCGAAAGAAAGGGAAAGCCCCGCCCUCGACGCCGCUACUCGGCGCUAAUGGUCAAGACGCUAACCGACGUCUUCAAGGGGCGAGGACAGUCAGUGCCCCAAGACAGCGCCUGGAUGAUGACGAUUUCUGUGGUGGUCCUCGUGGGUCGUGGCAGCGUUUCUCGGCUUGCGCACGACACCGUAUAUGGAAGCUACCACGGCCUUCUUGAUGUUAUUUAUUCUAGGUUAUUCAUAUCUGCAUCCUUACUCGUACGCAAAACACCUGUUAUCACGUUUGUCGCUCUUGCUCUCGUGUACAAAGGACAAAUGAAAGCCUUCGCCACAGGUAAGCGCCUCAAGGGAAUCACAGCCAUACAAACGGAGCGGCAACGGCGGGCCUAUCGAGCCACGCCCUCCGCGCCAGUGUUAAGCCGAGGGUCAAGGCGACUUCCUGCAGUAUAUAAGGGGCUGUCUCGGCCAUACCCGGCAGACAGCUCCUCAUCGACGGUGGGUCAACAUGAACGCUCUGGUGAACUGAUUUCCGUGGCGGCCCUUGUGGCAAGCGGCAGUGCUGCUGUGAUUCCUUAUAACGGCGUAUAUGGAGGCUACCACGGCCUUCUUGGCGCCUACCCUUAUGCAGGAUAUUCUGGUCUGCACCCUUACUCAUAUGCAGGUUUAAAGUCGCUCCUGCCUGUCACAUACAACGUCGCUGCCGCUCCUCUUGCUUACAACGUAGCUCCCUUCGCACCUGUAGCACCUAUCCAGUCUCAGUACCACGCUCAGGAUGAGAUCGGUCAGUACUCCUUCGGUUACGCCGGCGGUCCUUCUUCACGCGCUGAGUCUCGCGACGCCUUCGGUGUUGUCCGUGGUUCAUACAACUACGUGGACUCUGAGGGAAAGGUUCAGACUCAGCACUACGUCGCCGACGCCCUUGGCUUCCGCGUGUCCGGUACCAACCUUCCCGUUGCUCCGACGCCCCCGAGCCGCCCCUCUGGCCGCCCUUCCCGGCCCCAUCCCCGAACCCGUCCAGGACACCCCAGAGGUAGCCGCCGCCAAGGUUGCCCAUCAACAGGCCUACGACGAAGCCGCCGCCGCCGCUGCUGCUGCCCCCGACACCCAGUAAGAAUUCUGAACUGGAGAAAACACAGUGAUAUGUUCUACAGUACAUGGUGUGUAGAGCACUCGAGACCAAGUUCGCCAACAUCCGAGACCUUGCUUUGGACCGUGUGUUGACCACCAUAACUUGUACAUAUGUAAGGAGCGCAUUCCUUUCCAUGAAAAGAAGAGCUUUAUUAAAGUCCAAAAGAAUAAAUAAUAUUUGUA